AUGGCCUCUGCGGCCCUCGCAAUAGACAGCUACCAGCAGGACAUCCUCGUCGACCGAGCCCCCGACUACGUCCGCCCCUACGUGCUCCCCCGCUACCACGGCCGCGCCGUCCUCAUCACCCCGUCCCAAGUCGCCCGCUACUCCGUCACCGCCGACUCCUCCGGCGGCGCCUUCUCCCUGCUGCAGCACAACGGCCGCGAGUCCGGCUGGACCUCUGCCCGGCCGCACGCGCACCGCGUCUACCACGAGCAUUUCUACUGCGCCCGCGGCAGGUGCGAGCUCUGGGCCGUCAAGAACGAGUCAACCGCCACCCAGGAAGCCCGCGUCGCCACCCCCGGCGACUACGGCAACGUCCCGCCCGGCUCGAUCCACACCUUCCAGCUGACCGAUCCGGAUUCCCAGCUCGCCCACGUCUUCCAUCCCGCCGGCUUCGAGAGGCUGUUCGACGAGUUCAACGGCGGCGACUUCCCCGCCGGGGGGGUGAGCUCGCCUUACCUGCCUCUGGACGCCGAUCCCGAGAUCUUUGGCCCCAUGACAUCCGACCUGGCCGCCAGGUUCGCCGCCCUGGACCUGUACACCAGCCCGCCCGACGAGUUCAUCCCGAGGAGGGACCUUGUCAACGGCACGGCGGGCGACGACCACCUCCACUGGCACGACGGGCCCAACGCGCUGUCCGCCGCCGCCGCCGCCGACGACGACGCCACCGCCCCCUACUUUGUCGCAAAGGACUACGGCCCCAAGUUCCUCAACUUUGACAACGGGUACAAAAUCAUCCAGCCGCUUGCCACGCCCGCCCAGUCCACCCACCGCAACUUCACCAUGGGCACAAUCAUCAUGUCGCCGAGGCUGCGCAACGAGAGCGCCAACGCCGCCAAGCUGCCCCAUCAUUUUGCCGUGCAGAUGGAAGACGGCCAGCUGGUGCUGGACGUGCAGGGGUACAAGACGGCGUCGCUGCUGCCCGGGGAUGUUGCGUUUGUGCCGGCCGGAGUCGAGUUCACGUAUUCCGCUACCGUGCCGUACACCAAGUUUCUGUAUCUGAAUGGCGGUGCGAAGGGCUUGGAGUACGGGUUGCUGAAGCGUGCCGUGCCGUGGAAGUUUACCGCGUAUCCCAUAUAUGCUGGGUUUAGGGGGUAA